CCCAGUUGUUUGAUUGCUAUAACACUAAUUUCCCGCUCAAUAUCUGCAUAGGUGACCCUAUGCAAACUGUCUAUUGUUCUACGUAAUUGAUCAGAAUGUUUCAUACUUCACGUUUAUAUUGAUUACUGUUAUUAUUAUUAGUUGCUAUGUCGGUUGAUCAUCGACUUCGCAGAAUAUUUUUUGCUAAUAUUCUUCUCUGUAUGUAGAAAUAAUUUCAAUGCAUUCGGUCAAAUUCUAAUUAGACCUAUAUUGAGUUUUUUUAUACUUAGUGUCUACCAAAACUUACAUUCAGUUAUAUUGUGUGUUUUUGACCACAUAUUUAUAAACAACAUAGCAUAAUCACAUAUGGACCAUCAAAAGUCCAAGAAAAAACGCAAAGCUUACUACCGAAAAUGUGCUUUUGGUUCAAAAAAAUCUCGUCUGAAUGAUCAAAACGAUAGUGUGUCAUGCAUUCCGAAAAAUUUACAACCCGGCAUGACCGGUUAUAUAUUAACUUACAAUCAACAGCAACGAUUAGCACAUAUUGAGACUUAUCGUUUGUUAAAUCAUACUUUAGAUGAGAUUUCUAUUGAAAAGCAUAAAAGUGGAGCAUCUAAAAUCAACAGUCCUGUAAAUACAAAUAAUGAAUUAGUUGGUUCUGAAUCUAAUAAUAUGGUUAGUGAUGAAAAGAAUGAUGAUACUGAUGACUUAUACUCACAGUUACUUCGUGAAAAUUGUUCAAAAUAUCCUGCCAAUUCAAAAAAUAAAUUUGGUUUCUACUCUGUGAAAACACAUAUCAGUAACUGUUCUUUUAUUCUUCAUCAGACUAAUUUACUUAGUGCUGCAGAACUUUGUAAUCGUGUAUUCGAAAGACUACUCUCGACUUCCAAUGCAGAGUCUCGUUAUGUUCUUCGUUUGAUGCCUGUUGUAAACACAUGUCGGUCAGAUUUGCCGUCACUCGAAAAUUGUGUGCUAAAAGCGUGGUCGAACUUCCUUGGCCUAGCGUCAUGUAAAAUAAAUACAAAAUGUUCUAAAGUUGAGGUACCUCUAGACCAGUCAAAUGAUGAAGAAAACGCAAAUAAUGAUAACGAGUCCUCAAUUUUACAUGUCCCAAAACAGAUUGCUUGUGAAUCUACAUUGAAUGGAUCGAAGACGUUUAUGAUUGUGUUCAAAUCUCGUGGUUUCAAAGCUAUUACCCGUGAUGAUGCUAUACGCCGUACAUUUGAAGCAAUCAAAUCAGUUGAUUCAUCUUGGAAUUUAUGCAAUUCAUCGCCUUCAGUUGUUGUCUCAAUAACUGUCCUGUGUAAGGUGACUUGUAUCAGUUUGUUGGAAAAUUUCUUCAAAUAUCGUAAAUACAAUAUAGCAGAAGUUUGCUCACCAUCAACUCAAUAUGACUGUACAAAUAACAUAAAAAAUGACGAAUCCAAAUAA